AUGUAUCUGCUAACUUUUUUACUGCAUUUUAUUUUAUUUCUUGUAUUGGUUGUGUAUUAUAUAACAAAACGAAACCAUGAUUACUGGAAAAAUAAAAAAGUUCCAUUUGAAAAACCAUACCCGAUUCUUGGAAACUACGGUGAUUAUAUAUUGUUGAAAAUUUUUUUUGGGAAUGUUACGAAGAGGCUCUGCGAAAAAUUUCCGGAAUCACCUUACGUGGGCACUUUUUAUGGUACCGAACCAGCUCUUGUGGUCCAGGAUCCUGAUCUGAUAAGAUUGAUUCUGGUAAAAGAUUUUUUUUACUUUCAUGGACGAGAGGUCUGCAAAUAUGUCGAUAGAGAAAUUACCACGCAAAGUAUAUUUUUUACGUACGGUGACGAUUGGAGAGUUUUGAGGCAUAGUUUAACCCCUUUGUUUACAACUUCAAAAAUGAAAAACAUGUUUCACUUGAUAAAGAAUUGUUGCCGAGUCUUCGAAAACGUAUUGGAAGAAAAAGCCACUGUUAAAAGUUUCGAGAUAAACUCUAUAAUAAAAUAUUUUAUAAUGGAUUGUGUUGGUGCUUGUCUUUUCGGAGUAGAAAUUAAUGCCAUGGAAAAGCACUCGCAAAAUCCAAUUGUGAAAAUCAGUAAGGAAAUUUUUCCGAAAUCGACUACAAGAGGUAUCAUAAAUGUAUUAAGAGGAAUUUGGCCCUCCUUAUUUUAUGCAUUACGACUGAAACUUUUUCCGGAAGUCAUUACAAUGUUCUUUACUGACCUGCUAGAAUGUGCAUUUAAAGACCGACAAAGGAAUUUAUCACAGAGACAAGACUUUAUUGAUUUAUUCAUGAAGCUCAGACAGAAUAAGUAUCUGGUUGGUGAUAGUAUUCCAGAUAUAAAAAAUGGCCGUGUACAGAAAGUGAAUUUGGAAGUGACAGAUGAAUUACUGAUUGCUCAGUGCGUUUCUUUUUUUGGGGCCGCUUUUGAGACUUCUUCGACUACCCUGAGUUUAACAUUUUAUGAACUCGCCAAAAAUCCAAAAUAUCAAAAAAAAGCCAUCGAAGAAGUUGAUGAUUAUUUCGCUAAGCACAACAAUGAAAUUGAAUUCGACAUUGUUUCGGAAACUCCGUAUUUAAAUGCUUGCAUUGACGAGACAUUACGUCUUUAUCCCUCAUUAGCCAAUUUAACUCGAGAGGUAAUGGAAGACUACACAUUCCCGACGGGCUUAAAAGUUGAAAAAGGCACCCGAAUUCAUAUUCCUGUGUAUCAUCUUCAACGCAAUCCGAAAUAUUUUCCCGAGCCAAAUAAAUUUGAUCCUAGAAGAUUUUUACCAGAAGCGAAGCAAACAAUUUACCCUUUCACAUAUAUGCCAUUUGGGGAAGGCCAUAGGAUAUGUAUUGCCAUGCGUUUUGCGAAGAUGCAGAUGUUAGCGGGCUUUGCAACUCUGUUGAAGAAAUAUGAAGUAGCUGUAGAUGAUACCACACCUCAGGAAUUGACAAUUGAUCCAAGAAUUAUUGUUACUACUCCAAUUGAAAAUAUUCAAUUAAAGUUGAUAGCGCGUCAACAUGCACUAUAA